AGUUAAUAGAAUACAAACUCGCCGGUUAUUUUAGAUAACCUUUUCACUCCUACUAAUCACUCGCACACCGAAUUAAUCUAUCCACCAGUUUGCCCUCAGACAUCAUCGUAACAGCACGGAUAGGAAGUAUUUCUUUUCUGUUUUUUUGAACUCAUAUUUGACCACGUCAGAAUAUUACAAAAAAAGUUUAUUUUACGGGAGACCGAACUGAGAUGUGUCAUUUUCAAAAAUUAUAAUUUAACGGAAGCCUGAAUAGAAUAGCAUGAUUCGGAGUAAAACAAAAAUCGAACUCACUUCCAUAAUGCAGUACGAAGUAAAUAUGUUGAUGAUUUUGCUUGCCGCAUUCCAUCUUCAAGCCCAAGCAUUGAUUCAUUCGCCGCCCAACUUUAUCAAACAGCCACCGAAUGACGAAUUAUUUUUUCAAGUGGCACUUGAACCGCACAGAAUGGACAAACCAUUUUUGAUUGAGUGUGAAGCUACAGGGGAACCAGAACCAACAUAUCGUUGGACCAAAAAUGGAGAAAGUUUCGAUUGGUACGCACAUGAUGAUCGAAUAUUGCAACAACCACGACGUGGCACAAUUGCGAUAACUCGACCACUUGACGAAGACUCGGGCCAAUAUCAAUGUUUUGCUGAAAAUGAGCACGGGAUCGCUACAUCGAAUUCAGUGCUAGUCCGCAAAUCUGAACUGAACGAUUUUGCGGAUACGUUGCCAAAAUCUGUUACAGCCAUUGAAGGAGAACCAUUGACAUUGCAAUGUUCACCACCAGCUGGUACACCCAAACCAGAAGUAAAGUGGGUACUUAUACAUGAUGACGGCGGCAUCAGGAGUAUCAACAAUUCACGUAUGACUGUCGAUCCUGAGGGAAAUUUACAUUUUUCAACUGUGACACGUUCCGAUGCAACUGGUAACAAUUUUUAUGCUUGUUCGAUAACGUCAGCGUCUCGAAAUCAAUACAAGUUAGGGCAUCGAGUAUCGGUAAUGGUUGAAGAAAGAGAUGAAAUCUCAUCAUAUCGAUACCCACCAACAUUCCAAUACGCUACAAGAAAAAACGCAGCUGCACUCAAGGGAAAAACAGUUGAAUUGUACUGCAUCUACGGUGGGACGCCAUUGCCCCAAAUAAUGUGGACAAAAAAUGGAGAAACAAUUCAUUGGAAUGAUGAUGGAAUAAGGCAAGGAAACUAUGGCAAAUCGUUGAUCAUAGAUAAUGCUAAGUUGGACGAUGCCGGAUCAUACACUUGUGAAGUAUCAAACGGUGUUGGAAAUGCACAAAUGCACUUGAUUAAUUUGGAAGUGCAUGGGGCUCCAUAUUUCACUUUAGAGCCUGAGACCAGAACCGCGGCCACAGAUGAAAAUGUGGAAUUCAAAUGUGAAGCUGCUGGUGUUCCGGAACCAGUUAUCAAAUGGAUUCAUAAUGGUAAACCAAUUGAAGAAUCUCCUGACGAACCACGUCGUCGUGUUGGCCACAAUAGCAUUUAUAUUAGUGAAUUGAAAUCAAGCGAUACAGGAAAUUAUGGAUGCAACGCAACCAACGCAUUUGGGUAUGUGUACAAGGAUGUUUAUUUAAAUGUUUUGGAUUUGCCACCAGAAUUUGUUGAACGACCACAGAAUGUGUCCAGCGUCGAUGGUCAUGAUGUCACCUUCCGUUGUCGGGUUUUCGGUCUUCCUGCGCCGGAAGUAAAAUGGAGUCGAAAUGAAUCAGAUGUGACCGGGGAACGCUAUCAAACCCUGGCGAAUGGUGACUUGACCAUUCACAACAUCGGUUUUGCCGAUGCUGGGCAAUAUACAUGCCAUGCACAUAAUAAAUUUGGCGACAUUGAGGGACAAGGUAUGUUGGUUGUCAAAGAACAUACACGAAUUAUUACAGACGAGCCACAAUUUUACGCCAUCGCUGCUGGGGAGCCAGCAACAUUCCGUUGUAAUGUUGUCGCUGAUUCAUCUCUUGAUUUGAAUGUCGUAUGGUUGAAAGAUGGGGAGGAAGUCAAUUUUGAAGAUGACGAGCGAUUGGUCCGAUUAAAAAAUAACGAAUUCACUAUUUCAAACAGAAGUCACGAGUUAGAUACGGGUAUUUAUACUUGUGUUGCAAAGACUGAUUUGGAUGAGGCUCGUGCGGACUUUAUGUUGCUGGUACAAGAUGUUCCAAAUCCUCCACAAGUAACUUCUCUUGAUUGUGAUUCUCGUUCUGCGACGAUAUCAUGGCGACCAUUGGGUGACAAUCGUUCACCAAUUAUUUACUACAACGUGCAAUAUAAAACAUCAAAUACGCCAGACGUUUGGACAAAUGCUUUCGAAAAGCUUCCAUCGUAUGAGUUUAAGAUUAAUUUUAAUUUUCCAAUGAGUGGAGUCAGCACUUAUACAUUCCGAGUUAUUGCUUACAAUAAACUUGGUCCAUCAAAUCCAAGUGCACAGAGUGAAUCUUGUACAUCCCAACCAGAGUUAGGGAAACACCACAACUAAGAUUCUAGCAUAAACAUUCUUCUCGACUACGAAUCAAAUCGCUCUAUUACUUCCCAUCAGGCUUAGACUCUGAUGGAUAAUAAAAUUGUUGGGAGUCUUCAUGUUUCA